UUACCCUUGCUUGUGCUAUUGUGUUAAGACCACACGUCUCAGAGAAGCCAUGAACGGACCCAAAUUCUAUAUUCUGCUUCUUGCUGGUGUCUUGGUCAACGGGCAAGGGAAAAUGGGAACGGGAUGGGAAAACCAAUUUGACCAGCCCUUACAUUUUAACUGCCCUUCAAGACAAUCCAUCUCUUACAUAAAAAGUCAGCAUAACAACGCCUAUGAAGACCGUUUGUGGGGCUUUGCGUGCAAAGCCACGUUUGUCUCAGAGCCCGAGUGCAGCUGGUCUCCUUACGUAAAUGACUUCGACCAGGAGUUCACCUUUGAAUGCCCCAAAAACAAUGUCCUCACCGGGAUGAACAGCUACCAUUCCAACCGCCAUGAGGACAGAAGGUGGAAGUUCUACUGCUGUCGAGUCAACAGCUACUGUAACCAGAAGUGUCAGUGGACCCCCUACGUCAACGACUUUGAUGAGGUCAUGUCUUGGCAAGUCCCAAGCCUGAACUACCUAGUUGGGGCCGGAAGCUACCAUUCCAAUCCUCAUGAAGAUCGUCGCUGGAGAUACCGGUACUGCACACGGACAAACUGCUGAUAUUACAGCUGAUUAUU